CUCCCAGAGUUCCGUCGUGUAACCUCGCGCUUCUGUCCUCUUCCUGUUUGGUUGCCGCAGCUGGAAAAAUGGCAGCUGAUACAGGGAGAUACAGGAGUGCUGUUAGCAAAAACAAAGACCCCUCUGGUCUUCUCAUCUCUGUCAUAAGGACUCUGUCCAGCAGUGAUGAUGUGCAGGACAGGGAGACAGAGAAGGGUCGCCUGGAAGAGGCCUUUGAGACAUGUGACAGGGAUUUAGAUGAGCUGAUUGUUCAGCAUUAUGCGGAACUCACCACUGCCAUCAGGACCUACCAGAGCAUCACAGAGCGAAUCACCAGCUCCCGCAACAAGAUCAAACAGGUGAAGGAAAACCUCCUGUCUUGUAAAAUGCUUCUUCACUGCAAAAGGGAUGAGCUGAGGAAGCUGUGGAUAGAGGGCAUCGAGCACAAGCAUGUCCUCCAGCUGCUGGACGAAAUCGAAAGCAUCAAGCAGGUGCCUCAACGGCUGGAGGCCUAUAUGGCGAGCAAGCACUACCUUCAUGCCACAGAUAUGCUGGUGUCAGCCGUAGAGUCCUUGGAAGGCCCCUUGCUGCAGGUGGAGGGGCUUGGAGAUCUGCGGUUGGAGCUCCACAGCAAGAAGCUCAACAUCCACCUUGUGCUCAUUGAUGAACUGCACCGGCACCUCUACAUCAAGUCCACAAGUCGCCUUGGACACAAGAACAAGGACAAAAAUGCUGCUCGCCCUCCAGGUUCUACUGCCAAAGACACAUCUCCAAUGCCUGUGUUGGAUGUCAGCAGCCUGUCCACCCCACGCAAGCUUUUGGAUUCGUCACAGUUUAGCACACCUGGAUCCAGCAGUGUGCGUGAUCUGCAGCAGGAUAUGCGGGAGCUGAACCAAGCUGACCUCUCUGAAGUGGAUCCAGAGGAGAACAGUGCUGAGUUCAUGGGCAUCCUCAUCAAAGCUCUGGCCAAGUUGAAGAAAAUCCCAGAGACCAUUAAAGCCAUAAUGGAGCGGCUGGAACCUGAACUGAAACAAAUUGUCAAGAGGUCCACCACUCAGAUUGCAGACCAUGCUUACCAGAGAGGAGAAAACCUUGCGCAGGAGAGCCAGCCAAGGCUGCUGCUAGAACUGCUGGAGCUUUUGUUUGAUAAGUUCAAGGCAGUGGCCCAGGCUCACAGCGUGGUGCUGACCCACCUGCAGCAGAUUGCGGUGCAGUGCCCGGGCGGGGCCCACGAAGAGGGCAUCAAGCUCUACGAGCAGGCGGACGUCUCUGCCAAAAUCCAGACAGUGCUGCAGGUUCUGCUGAUGGAGUAUCUUGAUGUGAAGAACAGCCGGAGUGCCACUGAGCCAUCGGCUCAACUCUCCUAUGCCAGCACUGGCAGUGAGUUUGCUGCCUUUUUUGCAAAGAAGAAACCACAGCGUGCCAAGCAGUCUCUCUUCAAGUUCGAAUCAUCUUCCCAUGCCAUCAGCAUGAGUGCCUACUUGAGAGAGCAGAGGCGAGAACUCUACAGCAAGAGUGGAGAAUUACAAGGCGGUGCUGAUGACAACUUGAUUGAAGGAGGAGAGAUGAAGUUUGUGUGUAAGCCAGGAGCGAGGAACAUCACUGUGAUCUUCCAGCCUCUUCUCAGAUUCAUCCAGGAGAUAGAGAUGAACAUGGGGCCAGGCCAGGCCAAGCAGUGCCAGCUCCGAGCUUUCCUCACCUACUACAUCAAUGACCUCUUCCUCAACCAGGUGCGAACAGAGAUCAACAAGGAAAUUGAGGCAGUGAGCAAGGCAGCCGACCCCCUGAAGAUCCUUGCCAGCGCUGAUACUAUGAAGGUCCUGGGUGUCCAGAGACCACUGCUGCAGAGCACGGUGGUCGUAGAGAAAUCUAUCCAGGAUCUAAUGAGCCUAAUGCAGGACCUGAGUGCCUAUUCCAACCAGUUCCUCGAAAUGGUCUGUGACAGGCUCAAGGAGUACAAGGAAAUCUGCAACACGGCCUACAGGGGUAUAGUCCAGUGUGAGGAGAAGCUGACCAUCAGUGCUUCCUGGUCUAAAGAUGAGGACAUCAGUCGUUUGCUCCAGUCACUCCCCAACUGGGCAAAUAUGGCCCAACCCAGACAGACCAGACAGAAGAGAGAGGAUGAGGAAGACUUCACCAGAGCGGCCUUUGCUAAGGAGUCAGAGGUGCUGACAGGGAACCUGGGAGACAAGUUAAUCCCCCAGAAUGAGAUCCUUCGUGACGUCAGUGACCUGAAGGCUCUUGCCAACCUUCAUGAGAGCAUGGAGUGGCUUGCUGGUCGCCUCAAGACAUUCUUUGCCAACCUGCCUCAUGCCUCCAGCGCGUCUCCAUCCUCAGCAGACAGUCAGGUUGGUGAGAGUGAACGCAGCAGGGAGCAGAUUCUCCAGACCCUGAGUGACCUGUCCAGGGGCUUUCAGGACAUUGCAGACCGCUGUCUCCUGGUAUUGCACCUGGAGGUCAGGGUGCACUGUUUCCAUUACCUGAUCCCCCUCACCAAGCAGGGAAAUUAUGCCAUUGUGGCUAACGUGGAGAGCAUGGACUAUGACCCGCUGGUGGUCAAACUGAACAAGGACAUCUCAGCCAUAGAAGAGGCCAUGGGGGCUGCCCUGCAGCAGCACAAGUUCCAGUACAUUUUUGAAGGUCUGGGUCAUCUGAUCUCCUGUAUUCUAAUCAACGGGGCCCAGUACUUUAAGAGGAUCAGUGAGUCUGGUAUCAAGAAGAUGUGCAGGAACAUCUUUGUUCUCCAGCAGAACCUCACCAACAUCACCAUGUCCAGAGAGGCCGACCUUGACUUUGCCAGGCAGUACUAUGAGAUGCUGUACAACACUGCAGACGAGCUGCUGAACCUGGUGGUGGACCAGGGUGUUCGCUACACGGAGCUGGAGUACAUCAACGCCCUGUCUUUACUCCACCGCAGCCAGACAGGCGUGGGGGACCUGAGCACCCAAAACACUCGGCUGCAGCGGCUGAAGGAGAUCAUCUGUGAGCAGGCGGCCAUCAAGCAGGCCACCAAGGACAAGAAGAUCACCACAGUGUGAUGUAAUAAAAACAGGUCAGGACAGGGUUCAGAGGGGGGUUAAGUUGAGAAAGAUAGCCAAUCACAUAACCUGUGUUCUGCAUUAUUUUCUUUUUUCAGCUGCUUCAGAUCUGUUAAACAGGGACAUGUGUAGCAUUUAAUUGGGUCAUGUAUGCAAGAGUAUGCAGAGCAUGUUCGAGAAUUGGAAAACACUGAAAUAGAUGUUUGCUCUAGAUCUAGAUCAUAACGAGUGUGAAAUCUGUUGACGGAAAGUGUGUCUUCUCCAUUUCAUCUUGCCUGAAAAGAAAAACACUGUAGUCGAGGGCUGACACAGAUUUACUUUUUUCCAAUCUCUGGGCAUGUGUAUCUACACACACACACACACACACACACACACACACACACACACACACACACACACACAUAUAUAUAUAUAUAUAUAUAUAUAUAUAUAUAUAUAUAUAUAUAUAUUCAUUGCCUGUGCAGCAGUAACUUACUUUAAUUGGAAAGUGAAGUGACAACCAACACAACUACAAACUUUGCAAGUCUAGUUUCCCUAUGUAUCUAUGUCACAAGGUAACCUAUAUUUACUUAACCUACAUUUAUUUAAAAGACAUAAAUGCAGUACGCGUGGCUCUAAAAGUCCCCUGCUCACCAUGACUCCAGCUCCAGAUAAAAGGCGAUUGUCUUGGACACUCACCCGAACUUAGACCUUAUCUCAUCUCAUUUUCCUAUUAGAUCUAAACUGCUGCUCUCAAUUACACCUCUAUCUCUCCUCUCCUGGCAGCCCCAUGGGCCCACUGAUUCUGUCUGCAAUAACAGAUGCCAGAUUAGACUGUCUGAAUGAGGCCACAUCUUCCGCCUGCUGCCAAUUUGGGUUGGUCCCCAAAGAAUUCCCUAGCUGAGAAUUGUAUCAUAUCUGUGGCUGUUAAAAAUCUGUUUAUCUGUCUUUUUUUCUUAUAGCUUAUGCAGUAAACUUUUGCGGCUAGUAUGGGAAGUCGUUAGUUGAUUAACAAAUUGGACAGAAGAGACAGACUCAGUAAUGAAGAUAUUUUUGCUGAUUCCAGUCUCAUCCCUAUGUAAAACUGGAGCAAGGUUUAUUCCAAAUAUAAUAUUUCAAGUCCAGCACAUCACACUGGAAUGACUUGCACUUUUUGCAUUAAGGCUUGUGUGGGGUAAUACAUUUCAUCAGUCGUACUAGUUUCUAUAAACUGAAAUGAAGCAAUUCUGAAUCUUUAUUUUGUCGCCCCCACUACAUGUGCCAGAGUCUUUUAAAGUGAACUAAACAUAUAAACUCAAGACACGAUUGCAAAUCAUUCUCCUCCCUGCAACCCUCCCUGUUUUUAGUUCAUUAACUUGGAAGAGAAGUACUUAACGAGGAGAGGAGAGGGGGAAUGGGAGCCUUGUCAAUACAGCGGGCCCAGUGCUGGUCUCCCCGAAGCCCACAGAGCAAUCCAUCAUAAUGACACAUAGGCUGGGAUCGAUGGGAAAACAACAGUGGAGCUGCUGAGGGGUUUGCCUACCCACUCUGAAACGUACAUUUUGUGUGAAAUCUAAAAUCUGCUCAUUCAGCUGUUCACUACUUUUGUAAUGUUAUACAUGGGGAACUUUAAUACAAUGUUAACUGAGUGUGUCAUGUCACACACAGGUACUAUUACACUGCUAUUAUACUGCACACACAUAACCUAGAAAAGUCAAGAAUGCAUAUAUAUUGGGCAUACUCCACAUAUAUCCACUCCUGCUGUCCACGCUUUUUAUUCAUGAGUGAAAUAUGUAAAAGGUAAUAAAGGUUAAAUUUCAUGUUUCUUUCUCUUUCUGGUUGACCUUAUUUUGCACAUCUGUCCUAUUUGGGUGAUUUUAUGUUCAAGUAAGAAUGUAUAAAAUCUAGUUUGAACAAGUUUAAACAUCAUACUUGUUCCUCUGGCUGUGUUGAGUGUCAUCUUAUAAAUGCUUUGAAAUAUUUGUCUACUCUAAACUAAGCACAUUAUUAUUAUUAUUAUUAUUAUUAAUUUGCCAGUGCACACACUACUAUACUGAAAAAAUAAACCAUCCAAUGCCAA